AUGGUAGCAUACCCUCAUUUCUCAAGAGCUUCACUGAGCUACACACUCCCAGCUUAGAGAAAAACUUUUUGGGAGUAUUGGACUGGAAUGAGGCACUCAGGUCUUAAUUUUUUAAGCGAUAGUAUGCACAACAUUUUUGUUGAAUACUUUUUAGACAGCUUCAUGUUUUUUUAGUUUUUCAGUGAAGUAUACAUAUAGCAUUUGUCCCGAAGUUUUUUGCUUUAUACUGACUUUGUAUCAGAGGUCAGUCCCUCCCACCCCCUCCCUCCCUCCCUCUCUCUCAGGAAGAAAGGCUGGAGUCUUCAAAUUUACACAGCGAAUCCAACCUGGGCCAUGCAUUUUCAUAUAGUUGACUUUGGAGGGAAAAUGCUGGCUCGGUCUUUGAAGAAUACAUGAACUGAUGAGAAGCUAGUUAUCUUUGCAGUGCAAAAGAUAAGAUGGUUUCUAACCGUACCAGUAUACUCCUACGUUUUUUUAUAAAGUGCCCAAUGACUUUUCUUCUCCGUUCGCUGUCAGUACAGUAGCUGCCAGUGUGGGGGUUUUUACCAGGUGUUACACUUCAGUUUGCCCUAUAACACGUGUUCAUAUUACAGGGGUUUUCCUGGGUUGGGUCAAUCUGGAGAUAUGGAGUUGUCCCGCUGGUUACAGGCCAUCUUAUUUCAUGCUAGAGGGGGGUAAAGGAGUGGGGAGGAGCAUCAAGGAGUCACAAGCUCCACUGCUCUGUCGCUCCACCCCCCGCGCGCUCGCUGAGGACCGGUGGAGUGUGCGCGCUCAGAGCUGUCUUCCUGACCUUUGCCCUUAGUGUGAAAAGUGCUCAGGCACACAACGACAGUGCUUUUUCUGCACACAUCUUCAGUUUUGUGAAUAGGCUAAGUGAUAAAGGUGUUUCCCCAGCUGGCUAUCAGUUCUGAUAUCCACUGUUCUUCAGUAGUGUGUGGGUUUACGAGAGCUAAUUCCUGAGCACCUUUUCCAAGGUGAUCUCAGCGGUGUCAGGCAGACAACUCGCUAUUUGUACUCCACCGCCUGCGUCAGAUGCUGGGUUAGAAAGACAGAAGCACGCGCAGCAACAGCGUUGACCUCUUUAUUUCAGAGCUGUGGAGGCUUCUAGAUACAAAUAAUGAAACCACAGACUUUUCUCCCUACCCAUUGGCCAGGAUCCAAGAAAGCAGGCCAGGAUAAAGAAAUCAAAGUUUUAAAAAUAUUUCAUGCAAAUGAUAAAAGAACAAAAGAAAAGCAAUGAUUAAUACUUCUUCCCUUUUCCUUCAAAUAUGUAAUAUUAUUCCCAACUAAAUGGGAUCAGUUCAUUUGGGCAAGAUCAAGCCAGUAACUGCCCUCCUGUAGUUUGAUAUGAAAACUGAAUUGAAGGACAACUGGAAGCUUGACUAUAUGUCUUUGAUAAACUGUACACAUCAAAGCCUUUCUUCCCUCCCAGUUACCAUUAGAGCAUUUCUUUGAUUUUUAAAAAAAAAAAGAUGUACAUUCAUUGCAUGAAUGAAUACUAAAAAAUAAUAGUAUAGUUUUUAUGUUUGUUGUGUUUUGGAAGAACGUGUUUUAUUUCCAUAUUAAGAAAAGAAUGUAUUGUUUGAAAACUUUUACUAACGUUCUUGUUUUCUGAUUUUGUCUCUUUUGGUUUUUCCACAACUGAUAUUGUUAUUUAGAAGGUUUCAGGUGGGUGACACUAUUCCUGCGUAGGUGCCUGGCGGAAAGGAACACUAGGGCAGCCUCAGUCCUCUCCUCUUCUUCCAGCCAGCUGCGGCCACCACUCUGACAAAGUCCAAAAAUAUGGCUUGUUACCUGAAAGCCAUUGAGACUCAGCCCAACUUUGCAGUGGCUUGGAGCAACUUGGGCUGUGUGUUCAAUGCCCAAGGAGAGAUCUGGCUCGCCAUACAUCACUUUGAAAAGGCAGUGACUCUGGACCCCAAUUUCCUUGAUGCCUACAUCAAUUUAGGCAACGUUUUGAAGGAAGCUCGCAUCUUUGACAGAGCUGUGGCUGGAUACCUGAGAGCCCUGAGUCUUAGUCCCAACCAUGCAGUUGUCCAUGGAAACCUGGCUUGUGUCUACUACGAGCAGGGCCUCAUUGACCUCGCUAUCGACACUUACCGUCGGGCGAUUGAACUGCAGCCCCACUUUCCUGAUGCCUACUGCAAUCUGGCAAACGCCCUAAAGGAGAAAGGCAAUGUGUCUGAAGCAGAGGAGUGCUACAACACAGCUUUGCGUUUGUGCCCAACACAUGCCGACUCCCUCAACAACCUGGCCAACAUCAAGCGUGAGCAGGGCAACAUUGAGGAGGCAGUUCAGCUCUAUAGAAAAGCCUUAGAGGUGUUCCCAGAGUUUGCGGCAGCUCAUUCAAACCUGGCCAGUGUCCUACAGCAGCAGGGAAAACUCCAAGAAGCCCUUAUGCACUACAAGGAGGCCAUCAGAAUCAGCCCCACGUUUGCUGAUGCCUACUCAAACAUGGGCAAUACCCUGAAGGAAAUGCAAGAUGUUCAGGGAGCGCUGCAGUGCUACACCCGUGCCAUCCAGAUCAACCCUGCCUUUGCUGACGCUCACAGCAAUUUGGCCUCUAUUCACAAGGAUUCUGGAAACAUCCCAGAGGCCAUUGCAUCCUAUCGAACAGCCUUGAAACUCAAGCCAGACUUCCCUGAUGCGUACUGCAACUUGGCACACUGCCUACAGAUUGUGUGUGACUGGACAGACUACGAUGAGCGGAUGAAAAAGCUUGUGAGCAUUGUGGCCGACCAGCUGGAUAAGAAUCGCUUGCCAUCAGUGCACCCCCACCACAGCAUGCUGUAUCCACUCUCUCACAACUUCCGCAAGGCCAUUGCCGAACGCCACGGAAACCUUUGCCUGGACAAGAUUAAUGCACUGCACAAACCUCCUUACGAGCAUCCUAAGGACCUGAAGGUCAGCAAUGGACGUCUGCGCGUUGGCUACGUCAGCUCUGACUUUGGCAACCACCCCACCUCCCACCUGAUGCAGUCUAUUCCUGGAAUGCACAAUCCGGAGAAAUUUGAGGUCUUCUGCUACGCCCUCAGCCCUGACGAUAGCACUAACUUCCGAGUGAAAGUGGUAGCAGAAGCUCAUCAUUUCACAGACCUCUCACAGAUUCCUUGCAAUGGUAAGGCAGCUGAUCGUAUUCACCAGGAUGGAAUCCAUAUCCUCGUCAACAUGAACGGAUACACCAAGGGAGCUCGAAAUGAGCUGUUUGCCCUGCGCCCUGCCCCCAUUCAGGCUAUGUGGCUGGGUUACCCUGGAACCAGUGGAGCUCCCUUCAUGGACUACAUCAUCACUGACAAAGAAACAUCUCCAAUUGAAGUUGCUGAGCAGUAUUCUGAGAAACUCGCCUACAUGCCCAAUACUUUCUUCAUUGGAGACCAUGCCAACAUGUUCCCCCAUCUCAAGAAAAAGGCAGUGAUUGAUUUCAAGUCUAACGGUCACAUUUUUGACAACCGCAUUGUUCUCAACGGCAUUGAUCUGAAGGCCUUCUUGGACAGUCUGCCAGAUGUCAAAGUGAUAAAGAUGAAGUGUGACAACAACCAGGAAUCUGCCGGGGACACAAAUGGAGCUCUGUCCAUGCCGGUGAUUCCCAUGAACACAGCAGCUGAAGCAAUCAUCAACAUGAUCAACCAAGGCCAAAUCCAAGUCACCAUCAACGGCUUCACUGUCAGCAACGGCCUGGCGACCACGCAGAUCAAUAACAAAGCUGCCACUGGAGAGGAGGUGCCACGCACAAUUGUUGUGACAACUCGCUCGCAGUACGGCCUCCCAGAGGACUCCAUCGUCUACUGCAACUUCAACCAGCUCUACAAGAUUGACCCCCCCACCCUUCAGAUGUGGGCCAAUAUCCUGAAGCGUGUGCCCAACAGUGUUUUGUGGCUUCUUCGCUUCCCCGCCGUUGGCGAGCCCAACAUCCAGCAGUACGCUCAGAACAUGGGUCUGCCCGGCUCUCGCAUCAUUUUCUCUCCUGUGGCCCCCAAGGAGGAGCACGUGAGAAGGGGCCAGCUGGCUGAUGUGUGCCUAGACACCCCUCUGUGCAAUGGUCACACCACAGGCAUGGAUGUGCUCUGGGCUGGAACACCCAUGGUCACUAUGCCAGGUGAGGGUACUAAAGGAUUAAGUGAGACCCUUGCCUCCCGUGUGGCUGCUUCACAGCUCAACUGUCUGGGCUGCCCUGAGCUAAUAGCCCAAAGUCGCCAGGAUUAUGAAGACAUAGCAGUCAAACUGGGCUCUGACAUGGAAUACUUGAAGAUGGUCAGAGCACGUGUCUGGAAGCAGCGAAUCUGCAGUCCUCUCUUCAACACCAAACAGUACACAAUCGACCUGGAGAGGCUCUAUUUGCAGAUGUGGGAGCACUACAGCAACGGCAACAAGCCAGAACCGCUGGUCAAAUUCCAGACAGUAGAAACCAGUGAGAAUGCCUGAACUGGAAGCACGCCCAUUUCUUCUCCUUUCAGCCCCAAUCGUUCUUAACCAUUAUCAGCACCCUAGCUUGAAUGGUCGGUUUCCACUCCAGCCCCCCUUCCCCUGAACGAUCUCCGUCCCUCAUUUUUCAAUUAAAGGACUCUUAUUCUCAAGGAGCCUACACAUGUUCACAUCUCUUCCCAUAUUAAAUUUCUCCCGACAUCACCCACCUGAAUUUCCGGAGCCAGACUGAGUCUGAGACUUUCAGGCAGCUCAUCUGAGACUCUUGUCCUAAAACAAAGCAUACGUCUUUGGUGAGCAUGAGAGGAUUGUGAAUACCCUGCUACCCCUUCACUACUUGGGUCAAUGGAUUUUUCUUUUUUUUUUUUUUUUUUCUCUGGUCAGUGUGCAUCCAGGACUCAUUGCAGCUUGUGGAGAGAAUGCCCAGCCUUCAUUACUUGUUGAUCUAUUUAUAAAUGGAUUAAGAGUGUUGUGUGUUUUAAAAUGACAAUGUUGCACCAUGAAAAUUGUAACUCGGACUUAAGUUUCAGUUUCAGCUUUAACAUGCAAUUGUAAAACAUAAAUUGCAACUGCUCUUUAGUUUGUCUUAAGCUGUUCUUAAAAUGACUGCUGUGUGUAAAUGUGCAAGUUUUGAGGAAGUGGUCCAGGCGGAGACAACCCCCUCACCGAAUGCCAACUUUUAUUUUGUCAAUCCAGUAAUAUAUUCAUUAGCUGUUGACCAUUUUGUUGUCACACUAAGCUUGUACAAGUGAUUGGAAAACUACAUUCAUCGGAAAAGAGCUUAAAUUUGAGUUUAGAUGUCAGAGCAGUCCAUAAAUUGAUAUUGUUUUGUUUUUUUAAUCACACAAACCAGGAGCGGGCUUGGUAAGUAUUUUCUAAGCAGUUUUUCUUUUUGUAUUGUUCGUUAACUGUAUGCUGUCAAUGAUGCCAGGAGGCUCUACAUAUAAUAA